GCACUCGUCCGCGUCCGGUUCUUCUCGCGGCGCAACGUGCCCGCGAAUGUCAGUCUGCCGCGAGACGUCAGUCGGCUAGUGUUGUUUCUCGCGCCGGUCCGCCUGGGAAUUGCGAGGUCUCGCUCUCUUUCUCUCUCUCUCUCUCGAGCUCCUUCGCGAAGACGCGCGAAAUUUGGGAAUGCAUCCCGCGCGAGCCCGUUGAGCGCCCGUGGAAUCGCACUCUCAGACGAGGACGGAUCAUCAACCAGGUGUCGUACAAUCGGUAGCAACUGAAGGCCCGACAGCAUGAGGAACUCGACGUUACUGAAAUGGGCGCAGAAUUCGGCGAACAAUAAAAAUCAGCCGAGCAAAAACGGAGGAACGAGUAGGAACUGGAUACACCCACCGGACGCGCUCCAAAAAGGACACAUCGCCUACCUAGUCAAGUAUUUGGGCAGUACAGAGGUGGAUCAGCCAAAAGGCAUCGAUGUCGUCAAGGAGGCGAUCUGCAAGCUGAAGUUCAAUCAGCAGCUGAAGAAGAGCGAGGGCACGAAAACUCCGAAAGUCGAGCUCACCAUAAGCAUCGAUGGCGUGGCGAUACAAGAACCAAAAACAAAAACAACCCCCAAGCGAAUCAUGCACCAGUAUCCGCUGCACAGAAUCUCGUAUUGUGCCGACGACAAAGGGGAGAAGAAGUUCUUCAGUUUCAUCGCGAAAGAGGAGGACGCGGAGAGGCACACGUGCUUCGUCUUUGUCAGCGACAAACUAGCCGAAGAGAUCACGCUUACCAUCGGCCAGGCGUUCGAUUUGGCAUACAGGCGGUUCUUGGAGACGUCCGGUAAGGACCUGGAGACGCAACGACGUUGUAUGGUACUGCAGCAAAAAAUAAAGCGACUGGAGCACGAGAACAACGUUUAUCGACAACGGCUGCAAGAUAUCGCGGCUAUCAAAGGCUCGGCGGACGUGUCGACGUAUCUAUCGCAGCACAAUCUGCCAGAUAUACUUCACGUACCUGGAGCGCCAACGGACUCACCACAGAUUAACGGCACGACCACCACCAAGCCACUGUUGAACACGAGCAGCGAUAGCAACGGAAACACGUCCAACGGGCCUCAACAGCCGCCGCCUGUUCCGCCGAGGAGUUUCGAGAAGAGCUUCGAUGACGAUUUCAUGGGGAAUGAGCCGACACCGAUGCCGUCGGUCGGCACAAAAUUGGAGGGGCUGUUGAUGGACGAAUUUGAGGAAGACUUCAAUCCGAGGGCUUACGAGACAGCGGCCAACGGGCUUGCCAAUCAUCAGUCGAACAACAAUCCGCUUCUCAAUGGUCAAGUAUCCUCGGGAACCAAUUUCUUCUCGCAGUCCAACGGUACGACCAGUCCUCCGCCUUUAUUGGCGCCACCACCAAAGACGAAAGAUUCGAGACGUCAGAACGGAGUCAAGGAGGAUCUAUUUGGUAGCAUUCCAUUCAACCCCACACCGACUUUGAAUAUGAAGAAUGACUUUAAAGACCCAUUCGAAAUGGGAGAAUUCGGAGCGUCGACCGUGAUGUCUAAUCCUAGCCAGCAGGAAUUGGAAAACGCUAUCGGCCUGUUAGAUAAGAGGCUGCUGGAGAUGAAGGAUGGUUUCAGCAGAGGGCUGUGCAUCGGAACCGAUGACUUUUCCCUGGAAAGUUUGGACCCGCUACGAAACUAACCGAAACGACCGAAGAGCAUAGAGAGCAAACUACAGUGGUAUUCCAUGAGGCGGACAAUAACGAGAGAUCAACGGAUGGAGCAAUUAGAAAUUAUGUCCGUGUAAAACCAAAAUUAGUCUUCAAUUAUCGCUAUUAUUUUACUCGUAUAUUUAUGAAAAUGUUCGAUAUAUUUAUGGUACAUAUUUACGGAAUAAUUUUAUAAUCCUAUGUAAUCCUAUACGUUCGCUGAUCUACACUAUUCUAUCCGCUGCUUUAGAAUCCAGGGGUCCAAUUCGAGAAUAACGCGCGGUAGAGCGUGUUGCGUCGUUAUUAGCGAUGAGUUGGUUAAAGCCGGGAUCUCAAGCUGACCGUUAGAACGAAAUGGGAUAUUACUCUAAUCGAGGCCUACGUAUUUUUUAGCUGAAAAUAUUUGUUAUAUGUAUAUGUAUGUGUAUGUAUACUUAAACAGAUCAAUCGUGUCUUAUCGCGAAUCUCAUCAAUCAAUGAUGGUAUGCUUGCGUCUUUCAUAUUUUUUAACAACAUAUCGGAAACAUGAAAAAAAAUUAAUAGGUAUUAUUAUAUCUAUUAAUUUUAUGUAGCUACAUAUCGCGCGUAUCGGGUAAUAAUCGGGCGGCCGAGUCUCAACCUCCUUUAACAGGUUACGAGAAAUUCACGAUAUAUACUUUACAUCUGACCUAGUUUAAUUGAAGCUUGUCGCGUUGCCCACAGUUGUCUGUUGGAAGUGAGCUAGUAGACGACAAAAAUGGAGCACUAACCGUCGUAGCGCGUUAGAGGUCACUAAUAAUAAAAACGCGUAGUUUGUCAUUAGUCUGUCGGUUGAAUUCGCACAUUCUUCGCGCAUAUUCUCCUUUGAUAUGCUAAUACUUCGCAUUGUUUUAACGAGAACAUAAUUAGAAAGAAGGAAAAAAAACAAUUCAACUAUAGGAGCAUGAGAGGUUCUAGCUGUAGAUUUUACGGUUAUCUACGUAUCGCGAUCCGAUUUAUGUAACGUGAAGCCUUAAAAGAAUUCACGUUUAUCGCUGUAUAAAGCGAACUAAUAAUUAUGUACAUAUGAAACGCUGUCUUAUUUGUUGCUAUGUUGUUUAAGAAUUGUGGCUAAGAAUAUACUGUACGAUUAUUACAACAGA